UCACCUUCUCUCUCUCUUUCUCUUUCUCUUCCUCACCCUCCUUCUCUAUCAUUCACUGUUCUUCAACAGAAGAAAAAAAGAAAAUUCCCUUCCUUUUCUCAGCUUUCUCUUAUAAUUACCUUCAAAAUAGACCCAGUUUUCAAUAUUUUUCUAUUUUCUUUCACUCGUGGUUUGAGCAGAGCAAUCUUUGAUAAGAAAACUCACUUUCUGCUCUCCAAUUUGAUCCAAAUAUUAAUGUUUUGUCUAAGAAUCCUUGAAUUUCUCUUCAAUUAUUGACAGAUGCAGAUGGGUUUUGAGCAAUCACGGGCCUUUAUCAUGUGUUUGAGAAUUGAAGCUUGGUGAUUAGUGCAUUAUUUAAGCAACUUUGAUUAUAUUCUCUGCCAAAUUUGGGCACUGCACUAAUUUAAGCAGUGCCCAUGGAUGCCACAACGAGUGGAACCUCAAGUAUACAAUAUCAUAACAUAACCGACCAGCCCAUUACUGCCAUUGUUGCUGCUCCUGUGUCUACGUUUCAACGGAAUCAACGCCAUUGUUUUGGGGAGUCCACUCCUGGAGAAUUCCCUUUGGCUGCCAACCCAUCCAUUGUCCUCCAUGUGCUUACUGCUUGCAAUUUGGAUCCUCAAGAUCUUGCAAAACUAGAGGCAACAUGUUCAUUCUUUAGGCAGCCUGCAAACUUUUCCCCUGACUAUGAAUUGUCCAUUUCGGAGCUUGCGGCUCUGGAUAUGUGCCAAAAGAGAGCUAUUUUUAAGCCUAUGACUCCUGAAGAACGUCAAGAUUUGAAGCAAAGAUGUGGGGGCUCGUGGAAACUAGUUCUCAGAUUUUUACUAGCUGGAGAAGCAUGUUGCAGGAGGGAGAAGUCCCAGGCAAUAGCAGGACCUGGUCAUAGUAUUGCUGUGACAUCUAAGGGUGUAGUGUACUCCUUUGGCUCUAAUAACUCAGGACAACUUGGUCAUGGCACAACUGAAGAGGAAUGGCGACCUCGACAAAUCAGAUCCCUGCAAGGCAUUCGUAUUAUCCAAGCAGCUGCUGGACCUGGCAGGACAAUGCUAAUUAGUGAUGCUGGACAGGUGUAUGCCUUUGGAAAGGACUCCUUCGGUGAAGCUGAGUAUGGAGUUCAAGGAGCUAAAUUGGUUACAACUCCACAACUGGUUGAAUCUUUGAAAAACAUAUUUGUGGUCCAAGCUGCAAUAGGAAAUUUCUUCACUGCUGUAUUGUCCAGAGAAGGCAGGGUUUACACAUUUUCUUGGGGCAGUGAUGCCAAACUUGGUCACCAGACAGAGUCAAAUGAUGUGGAACCUCAUCCUUUGUUGGGGGCACUUGAGAAUAUACCGGUGGUACAGAUUGCAGCUGGAUACUGUUACCUUCUUGCUCUGGCUUGCCAACCUAGUGGCAUGUCAGUGUACUCUGUUGGAUGUGGCUUGGGUGGGAAGCUUGGGCAUGGAUCAAGAACCGAUGAGAAGUAUCCUCGAUUGAUUGAACAAUUUCAACUUUUGAACCUUCAGCCUACAGUGGUUGCAGCUGGUGCUUGGCAUGCUGCUGUGGUAGGGCGAGAUGGACGGGUUUGCACGUGGGGUUGGGGACGUUAUGGGUGCUUGGGUCAUGGGAAUGAAGAGUGUGAAUCAGUUCCUAAGGUUGUGGAAGCAUUAGGCAACGUCAAAGCUGUUCAUGUUGCUACGGGGGAUUACACAACCUUUGUUGUUUCUGAUGAGGGUGAUGUAUACUCAUUCGGUUGUGGGGAAUCAGCUAGUCUUGGACAUAAUGCAGCCGCAGUUGUUGCUGAUGGACAGGGAAAUAGGCAUGCUAACGUGUUGAGCCCACAAUUAGUAACAUCACUCAAAGAGGUGAAGGAGCCAGUUGUGCAGAUCAGCCUGACCAAUUCCAUAUACUGGAAUGCUCACACAUUUGCACUUACUGAAUCAGGGAAACUGUAUGCAUUUGGAGCAGGAGACAAAGGGCAGCUGGGUAUAGAACUGGUGAACAGCCAGACUGAAAGAGGGAAUCCAGAAAUGGUUGAUAUUGGUCUAAUUUAGCCAUUAAAAUUGUGUCAGCAUGAGCAUUUGGUGUCUAGAUUUCCUUGUUUAUUGUGUACAUAGAAAAAAACAGAAACAAUUGUUAAGAUUUAAAAGCUUUUAGGUAGCAAAGGCCCAACCUCAGCCUGCAUACCUGACUUGAUUUCUUAAGUAAACAAUGGUGAGUGAUUGGGCCAUGCAGUUGUUCAUAGUUCAUACAUUUGUUUAAGGUUCAUUAAUAACUUAAUUAUGAUGAUUUGGAUUCCUAA